AUGGCUCCUUCCAGCGAGAAGAGCGUCGACGAGGUCGAUAGCAAGCGCGUUCAAGAAAAUGUCGAAUUUGCCAGGCAAACGUCUACCGAUGAGGAAUCCCAUCAGGAGCUCCCCAUGACCAAGAGGAAGCUCAUGGCCCUCGUCGCGCAAGCCUUCCUCUGGACUGGCUCACAGAUCCCCGUUUACCUGCUCGGUGCUGUUCCGCCUUACAUUUACCGAGACAUUGGCGGCCAUGACCGGUGGAUCUGGCUUGUUCUCGCCAACCUGCUCUCGCUAGCUGCCGUGUGCCCCUUCGUCGGGUCUCUCUCAGAUCUCUUUGGCCGCCGGUAUGUCGCAAUCUCAGGAGCCGCGUUCAUCGUGCUUGGGAUGAUCAUCGUAUCCACGGCCCAGACGAUGAAUAUCGUCAUCGCGGGUAUGGUCUUUGCCGGGGUUGGCGCUGGCAUCAACGAGCUCACUGCCCUGGCUGCCACCUCCGAGCUGGCGCCCACGGCCAAGCGCGGCAAAUACGUCGGCAUCCUGGUCUUCACCAUCGUGCCGUUCUGCCCUUCGGUCUUGUAUGGCCAGCUUAUCGCCUACUACUCGUCGUGGAGGUAUAUCGGGCUGCUCUGUGCCGUGUGGGCAUUUAUCGGCUUGGUCCUGACUGUUGUCUUCUACUUCCCACCUCCCCCUGCCAACUUGAACACCAUCACUCGCCGAGAAAUCUUGAAGCGGACCGAUCUCGUUGGAGGCUUUUUGAGCAUAUCUGGAAUGAUCCUAUUCAUGGCUGGGCUGCAAUGGGGCGGUUAUAUCUACCCUUGGACGUCCGUCCACGUACUCGUCCCUCUUCUGCUUGGCGCGGUUCUACUCAUCGCCUUUGUUGUCUGGGAGGGCUGGUUCGCCAAAUAUCCUAUGUUCCCAAGACGGAUCAACCAGGCCCCAAGGAUCCUCACGCUCACGUUAAUCAUCACCUUUAUCUCGGGCGCGAACUUCUUCUCGAUCCUCAUGUUCUGGCCAACCCAGUCAUUCAACGUCUACGGCCACGACCCAGUUGAUGUCGGUAUCCGCGGUAUUCCCGUUGGCUUCGCUAUCAUGACCGGCGCCGUCGUUGUCCUGGUGCUGCUAUCGGUUUUCAGGGGUGCCAACAGGAUGCUGAUGGUUAUCUCAUCGGUGCUGAUGACAGCCGGAUGUGGCGCUAUGGCUGUGGGCCGUGUCGACAACAUGUACCAGCUGUGGGGGAUCCUCGUCUUGGCAGGCCUCGGUAUCGGAGGGAUCGUGGUGCCAGCCUCCAUCAUCACCAUGAUCAUCUGUCCAGACGACCUCAUCGCUACCGUCGCAGCAUUAACACUCAGUAUUCGUGUCAUCGGGGGCAGCAUCGGUUACUGCAUAUACUACAACAUCUUCAUCAACAAGUUCACCCCCGCAGCUAUCCACUACAUCGGCGGGACCAUGUAUCUGGGAGGGAUCACAGACAAGCAAACCAUUGGGGAAGUUAUCGUUCUGACCGGAGCGGCCUUGCUCGAAGAAAUCAAGAUGAUCCCGGGCAUUGCCGGCAACGAUGUCUUGUACAACGCCAUCGUCAAGGCUGGCCAAAUAGCCUAUGCCGAGUCAUAUGCUUACGUUUACUACGCGAGCAUCGCGUUUGGGGCCAUCUCGAUCCUCGCCGCAGCUUUCUUGGGCGAUAUCAGUGCGUACAUGACAGAUAAGGUUGCUGUUGUCAUGUAA